UUGGAAAGACACUUGUUUAGUAACGUCGCUGAUUACGUGUACAGAUUUCAGCAGGCUUUGAUUUGUCAGCUGAUUUGGCGGAUUGUCUCAUAUCUGGCAACAACAGCUGUCAGGCGGCACGGAGCUGCUUUCUGGGAAUCCGCUCUGAUGGACUUUUAAAUCCGGAUCAGCUGCUAGAAACAGCUCGCUGGCUCUGUCUGUGUGUUUACAAAGUGUGAAGAACUCAACCGUCCAUGUUGUGCUGGACUUAUCGUCUCUGAAUCCCUUCCUUCCUGUAGGCUCCUUAUGGCUGUAUAUGAUGAGAACAUCCUGAAAAAUCCUUUCUACCUAGCGCUGGAGAAGCAGAGACCUGACCUCUGCAGCCAAGUGGCAGAACUCCACGGAGUGGUUCUGGUUCCUCGCUGUGGGAGUUUGACCAUCAGCAGCUUCUCGGACUCUCAGUUUGACAGUUAUGUCUUACAUCCUGUGGACAGCAGAUACCAAACUGCAGACGGAAAGGAGGUGGAGAUCCAGGACAGGCAGGUCCUGCUGGGAUCAGGCUUCCCGGCUGUGGCUGAGGUCCCCAUCCUGUUUGAGGAAACCUUCUACAAUGACCAGGAGCAGAGCUACAGCAUUCUGUGCAUCUCCAGGCCCAUAGAGGUGGAAACGAGUCCGUCGGACCUCAGCCCUUUGUCUCCGUACUUCCUGACCAGUCUGGACUAUGUCAGGGAGUUCCUGGGCCGCCACGCCCUCAAGAUGGACAAGUUCAUCCAAAGCUUCUGUCAGACCUUCAAGCAGCAGGAGAGGAAGGGACUCCGACAUCACAUAGACUCUGUGAAUGGACUUUACACAAAAUGUCUUCAGUGUCUCCUCAAAGACUCACAUCUGAAACUUCUGGCGAAGCAGGAUCUCCAGAUGACUCUUCUCAAGCAGGCGGUGGAGAUGUAUGUUCAUCAUGACAUCUAUGAUUUAAUCUUUAAUUUUGUGGGAACUCUUGAAGCCAAUCAGGAUGCUGCCUUCAACAAAACCACCAGGAGUCUGCAGGAGCUGCAGCACAAAGAUCUGGGCAUCAAACCAGAGUUCAGCGUGAACUUGUCCAGAGCCAAGAGAGAGCUGACUCAGCUCAACCUGCAGACCUCGCCGCUCCUCAAACUGCUCUGCCUGCGGAAAGUCGCUUUGACUGCCACCCACACACCCAGACACACAGACAGCAUCGAGGCGGUCUGCGCGGACGACCUGCUGUCCGUCAUUCUCUACCUGCUCAUCAAGGCUGAAAUCCCCAACUGGAUGGCCAACCUGAGCUACAUCAGGAACUUCUGCUUCAACCACUCCAGUAAGGAUGAGCUGAGUUACUGCCUGAGCACCUUCGAGGCUGCCGUGGAGUACAUCAACCUGGGCCGGCUGCAGGACGCCACCUCUGGGGGACUGAACGCUAAGGCGGUGUUCAGAGAGAUGAGUCUGUUGUCCCAGACUGCUGCCACGCCCAUCCACAGCCUGUUUGAGCACAUCGCUAACGGCAGCGCGGAGGAGGUGGAGCGUCUGCUGAGUGCAGGAGAGAGCGAGGACGACGUCAGGACGUGCCACCCCCUCUGCUCCUGUGACCUCUGUGACCUCCAGCUAUCAGGGCACUUGAACGACCCGUCCAUUGUCACGCCGUUCUCCAGAGAUGACCAAGGCUACACGCCACUGCACGUCGCAGCUGUCUGUGGUCAGACUCAGCUGAUUGAGCUGUUGGUGGAUAAAGGCGCUCCAGUCAACGCCACGGAUUAUCACACCCUCACGCCGCUGCACCUGGCCUGUCAGCGGGGAUACCAGGGAGUCACGUUGUUGCUGCUGCACUACAAAGCCAACGCAGACGCUCAGGACAACAACGGCAACACACCGCUCCACCUGGCCUGCAUGUACGGACACGAGGACUGUGUGAAGGCGUUGGUCUACUACGACGCGCAGACCUGCCGUCUGGAUCUGCAGAACGAUAAGGAGGACACGCCGCUGCACCUGGCCGCCCGCUGGGGCUACAAGGGCAUCAUCCAGGCGCUGCUGGAGAAUGGCGCCAGCACCGACGUCCUCAACAAGAGCAAGGAGACGCCGCUGCAGUGCGCGCUCAACCCCAAGAUUGUGGAGUUGUUGGAGUCGACUCAGAUCCUCCGACAUCACAGCAGAGUCAGCUCCAUCAGUCACUCCCCUCUGACGUCAGACUGCAGCAGCCGUUGCUCCUCCGUCUCCAGCACCUCCUCUCUGAGCUCAGAGACUAAACCAGAGGCCGAGCGGGUCCGGCACAGAGAGGUGGAGAAGCUGCUGCGCGCGGUGGCGGACGCCGACGUGGAGAUGGUGCGUUACCUGCUGGAGUGGACGGACGAGGAGGAGGAGGAAGGAGCUCUCCACCCCGAGGUUCUCCUCUGCCACCCACUGUGUCAGUGUCCAAACUGUGCACCAACUCAGAAGGCAUCCGUCCUGCAGGCCGGAGCGCUCGGCGUGAACUGCAGUAAUGUCGACGGGUUCACGCCGCUCCAUGUCGCCGCCUUGCAUGGCCACCUGGUUCUGGUCACCUUACUGAUCCGCCACGGCGCAAAUGUCAAUGCCCGCAACACCCAGAACGCUACACCGCUUCACCUGGCCAGCCAGAACAGCCAUGUCCAGGUUGUGAGGUUUUUGUUGGAGUGCAAUGCAAAACUCAACAAGAAGGAUCACUAUGGCAACACGCCUCUGAUGCACACCUGUCUCCGUGGAAACCUGGAGACGGCCACCAUACUGCUACAGAGCAACGCCUUGGUGAAUGUGGCGAAUCAUCAGGGGAACACAGCGCUUCAUGAGGCAGUGCGCAGUGGCCACCAGAUGCUCGUGGAGCUGCUGCUGAGGGGCGGGGCUACACCCAGCCUGAGGAACAAGAGACUGAGGACGCCGCUGGAUUGCGCUUACGAGCUGGGUGGCAAGAACACGGAGAUCCUGCGAGUGCUGCAGAAAGCGUCCGGACUGUCUCCCGAUGCCGAACCAAUGAAGCUCCUCUCUGUGCCCAAAGGAGCGCUGGCUCAUUCGUUCGUCCAGCGUUUGCGGCUGCAGGAUCAGGCUAAUGGCAGGAGGCAGAAGGUGGCGCCGUCUGUCAGCAGAAUCCAGCAAAUGAAGAAAAGUUCCUCUGGUCCUUCUCACAUCCGCUCAUCAAGCUCCAGCCAGGUGAAUCCAGAGAGAAGGCAGCUGAGGGGCGGAGCCACGGUGGAUGGAGACAGCCAAUCAGAAGCCCUUGCGAUAGAGUCUCGGCUCAGAGAGCGGCCGCUUUUUCGUUACCACACUCUGGACUCGGACAUGUCUGUAACAGAGCCGUACGCCUGCACUGAGAUGUCACGUGAUCACACAGACCACAUGGCGAACUCUGACAGCGCGGCGUCCAGCGGCGUCCACUCGGUCAAAGAAACAAAUGGCAUGCAUCACCUCACCAAUGAAACACCAUCUCUCAUCCCCUUUGAUGUCUUUAACUUAAGCACUUUUAGCCACACCUCAUCAACCCCGCCCCCUGAUGCAGUCUCAGACACUAACAGGUCAGCUGAAGCCCCUCCCACACCUCCCUCAGCCAACCACUCUCCUUCAAACAUCACGCCUCCAGACACGCACAUCCAGGCACUAAAUGGAGGAUUGGAGACUGACUCUCAAAGAGGGCGUGGCUUCACAGCCUGCUAAUCUCCAGACUGAUGGAGACGAUCACAGAGACGCGUCCCUUCAACAACUCGCCUCAGGUUGGAGCCUGAGCCCAGAGACUCUCAGCGAAACGGAGCCAGUG